CCGGGACUUAGACAAUCGGACACAGACAAUCGGAAUCGGACAAGUUGGACUCAAUUGGUUGACGUGCGUGUUUCAUGCAUUCGGUGUCUGCUGGAGCCCAGUUGGUAGGGCCGGCGGCAGCAGGGCCCUUUCUCUACUAUGAGUCACGUCUCGAAGACCUGUAAGACCAGGGAGGGAAAGGCAAACGAACAGAGGCUACACACAGGGACGGAUCACACAUGAGACGGUCUGAUAAUUGUUUUGGUGUCUGUCUGGUGUCCGUGUAGUGAGAAGCGCCGACAGCACCUGGAUGAGAGGUAUGCAGCCGCAGAAGCGACCGCAUGCACUCGGCCAUGCCCGUUCUGUCUGUUGCCAUGUUUGCAGGCUUGUGCUGCGUCGCGAGGUGGUGUGUCGGGAGGAGGGCAUCCGGGCAAAAAUCAUGCAGAAGAGGCUCGACAGGAUACAGGUGCGCACAGAGGCCGGUUGUCCGCUGGUGUUGUGCCAUUCAUUAUCGAUGUCACCUCACCGGCCAUGCAGGCAGAGGAGCCCAAGAUGAAUGACAGGAACCAGCGGCUGUUGAAGGAAUUGCAUCGGAAGUCACAGUCCAUCAGCCCCAGGGGACGGGGCAGGUCGCCUUUCUUCGGGUAUGCACAGCACAGCAGCGAGGGUGCGCUAUACGCUUGCAUGCAUGUGCAAUGGUUUGUUUGUUCGUUAACAAACAGUAUAUCGACGAGCCAUGUGCUCAAAGACCAGAAGUCGCAGUUCCUCAACAUCAUACAGGUCAGUCAGUGAGAUCAACAUCAUGGCAGGCGAUGGAUGCGCAGAUAUCCUCUUACCAAUACUUGGCUCCGUGUGUGUGUGUCUGUGCAGUCCGCGUCAUUAUCGUGGCAGCGUCAGGUGGAGGAGGACUGCAGGAGACACAUAAACAGGACACAGAUACAAACAGAGGUAAGGCGGUACACACACACACACACACACAAUGAUCGUACUCUUCCGGUUCGUUCUCGGCAGCGUUUGAAGGUUCGUCGUCUGGAGCUGGAUCGCUUCUGGACGGUGCAGCAGCAGCUCAUGCAGGUAGGGAGGUAUACAAACACUAGACAGACACAAUGAAGGAAGGCAUCAGACAGUCAGGUGAAGGCCUGCAAUGCCUGUCCAAUGGUAUACGUAGGAACUGCACUCAGCGAGGAAGGAGCUGGCCGACGAACAGGUGAGUGACGGACGACAGAGACGUGACAAUAUGAAAGGGCCUGCACGUCACUCAUUCAUUCAUACGCUUCUCUCUCCCUUCCGCUUGUUGUGCCAGCGGCGUUUGAACGACGAGGCCCGGCGUCGGUACCUGCAGCUGCUGGAGCAGAGGAUGCAGCCGCCCCCACACGCCGCCACGGCACCCGCACCAAAUGUCCAACACAUAUUCGUGCGACAUGAGGUCAGUCAGCUGCACAUGAGUGAGUUGACUGACAUGCAAGGGGGACAUGAUCGCUUCACGCGCCCGCCCUCUCGUGCCUCCCUCUCUAUCUAUCAGGGAACGAGCAGCUCCACUGUACGUUUCCUGGCCGGGGAGCUGACCAACGGUGCCUCCAAUCCCUCCAUCAUAUCUGUCUCUUCCCCCCGCCAUGACGACCAAUCCCGCUCGUCCGCCGGGCGGUCAGCGUCUCAGGCCCGUUUUCUCUCCAUCGGCUCCCCGACGCCAGGCAGCCGCCUCAAGUGGCAAGAGCCACAGACACUCCCAGAGAGCAUCCCAAUGGCGAGGGAGAAAAGCGAUGAAGGGGAUUAUCAACACGACGAGGACUUGGAGACAUCGCCAGAGUGCUCUCCCGGCUCUUACGACGGGCUGUCCAAGGUGUCGCGGCUGUCGCACAUCAGCAAGCUCUCCCGGGGUGCGCGGCGCUCAGCCAAGGCCAAGAAGGCUGCUGGGGCCAAGAGGUCGGCCCUUGCUGUCGACCAAAGGGCGAAGCUGUCUUCUGGAUCACCCUCACCCACCUUCAGCCCUUCAGAAUUCGAGGCCCAGUCACGGCUUGCGGCACAUCAACCGGCAGCCGUCAGAGUGGAGGCCGAGAGACCGCCCCCGAGACGUGUGGAGACGGAAGGACUGGCGCGUGCACCUGAGGCCCCAUCUGCCCCGCCUCGCAUAGUGAAGGCGAUGUUGCCGGUGCGAUCGCAGCUGCCUGCCGGGUCGUGGGGUGCCGAGGUGAUGCUGCAGCUGGGGCUGGACCCCAGUGACCACGACGUGAUUGGCGAGAUAGGGCCGCACCCCAGGACAGCACCGGCAAGAGCAUCGGCUGGGGUGAGUGGACGAAGCCAUUUCGGUGUUUGGGUGUCAUGGGCGAUCGAUGGGCGUGUCUCUGUGUGUGGUGGAUGUGGGUGCAGGACAUGGUGUUUGAUGACGAUGCCUCGCGCAGUGCGACGAUCGCCACAGCAUUGAAGAACAGAACAUAUAAGUGCGCCGAACAGAAGCCAUUCCUUCCAACAAGAAAGCUUCACGUGCAUACAUAAUUAUGUGUGUUGGCAUGUCUGUCUGUCUCAGUGCGCUUGAGAGGAUGGAGCAGGACCUGCUGCAUGACCUCCACAGACUGGACGCCUUCCAAACGGACCUCCACAUGCACAUGCAGAUGAACACCGCCCCACCGCCACUCUCUUCCGUCCACUCCCGCGCCCGCCAGCAGACAGACAGCCUGACGGUCCCCCUCCCUCCCCUCUCCUCCCACUCGACCCCCGCACUCCACAGACGCCCCUCGCCAAUCGCCCAGCCGCUGGGCACCUCCCUGCCGCCAUCCGAGCUGGGCACGGCCACGUCUCCGUUCCACACCGACAGGCAGACGACGGACAGGACAGCCAACCAGCCAUCAUUCCGCGAAGGACGAGGGCAGGCCCCGACUAUCUCACCGCCGGUGAGUGGACAGCGGUGGGGGGAGCGGACGGGCGACUUCGGCUCUCCCAGCGAGACCAACAACAACACCAUGAAGGUCGGCACUCUGCCCUCCAUCAUGGAGCACGGGGGCAGCUCUGGACAGCUCAACAAGUCAGCCGAUGAGACUGCCACAGCCGCCCCUCCCCCGCCCCCUCCACAUUCACAGCAUCCAGAGGCCCUUCCAUCACUCCCACUGCCGAGAGGAGAAGAAGAAAAGGCCGCCGAUGAGACAUCGAAGCCCAACUCCACAGCCACGGAGACAGCCACGCAGCCGCCCAUAUUCGGAUCGGCAAGCGGCGGCAUGGGGACCCUGGCUGGCGGGCAUGAGGAGGGCAAGAGCUACUUCAUCGGUGGCAAGAGUCGUGGGAGUGGGAACUUGGCUGAGCUUGACCGGUUGAUAGAGGGGGAGAGGGAGAGGGAGCAGUCGAGUGGGGGCGGAGUGAUGAUGCCUGAGGAGGAUGAGUUUGAGGACGACGAGGGGCUGCCGCUGCCCGGGCUGUGAGUGGUAUGGGGUAUGAUGCGUAUGUGUACUUGGCUGCAUCCACGUGAUGAGAUA